AUGGCCAAGGGCCAAGGGUUGGCCACUGGCCUGGGGCCACCCAAGGACCUGGGGCCAGCCAAGGACCUGGGGCCAGCCGAGACGCGGGGGACGGUUGAGGGACAGGGGACAGUCAAGGCCUUGGGGACGGUUGAGGGCCAAGGGUUGGCCAAGACCCAUGGGAUGGCCAAGGACCAUGGGUUGGCCACCAGCCUGGGGCCAACCAUGGACCUGGGGCCAACCAUGGACCUGGGGCCAACCAAGGACCUGAGGACAACCAAGGACCUGGGGACAGUUGAGGGCCAGGGGUUGGCCAAGACCCAAAGGAUGGCCAAGGGCCAUGGGUUGGCCACCGGUGUGGGGACAGCUGAGGGUUUGGGGACAACCAAGGGCGUGGGGACAGUUGAGACAAGGGGGGUGGUGAAGGGCGUGGGGACAGUUGAGGGCCAGGGGGUGGCCGAGACCCAUAGGGCAGUCAAGGGCCAUGGGUUGGCCACCAGCCCGGGGAUGGUUGAUGGUUUGGGGUCAACCAAGGGCGUGGGGACAGCUGAGGGCCAGGAGACGGCCAAGCCCCACAGGAUGGCCAAGGGCCAUGGGUUGGCCACCAGCCUGGGGACAGCUGAAGGUCUGGGACCACCCAAGGGCCUGGGGACAGCUGAGGGACAGGGGACAACCAAGGCCUCGGGGACAGUUGAGGGCCAAGGGAUGGUUGAGGGCUGUAGGAUGGCCAAGGGCCAAGGGUUGGCCACUGGCCUGGGGCCACCCAAGGACCUGGGGCCAGCCAAGGACCUGGGGCCAGCCGAGACGCGGGGGACGGUUGAGGGACAGGGGACAGUCAAGGCCUUGGGGACGGUUGAGGGCCAAGGGUUGGCCAAGACCCAUGGGAUGGCCAAGGACCAUGGGUUGGCCACCAGCCUGGGGCCAACCAUGGACCUGGGGCCAACCAUGGACCUGGGGCCAACCAAGGACCUGAGGACAACCAAGGACCUGGGGACAGUUGAGGGCCAGGGGUUGGCCAAGACCCAAAGGAUGGCCAAGGGCCAUGGGUUGGCCACCGGUGUGGGGACAGCUGAGGGUUUGGGGACAACCAAGGGCGUGGGGACAGUUGAGACAAGGGGGGUGGUGAAGGGCGUGGGGACAGUUGAGGGCCAGGGGGUGGCCGAGACCCAUAGGGCAGUCAAGGGCCAUGGGUUGGCCACCAGCCCGGGGAUGGUUGAUGGUUUGGGGUCAACCAAGGGCGUGGGGACAGCUGAGGGCCAGGAGACGGCCAAGCCCCACAGGAUGGCCAAGGGCCAUGGGUUGGCCACCAGCCUGGGGACAGCUGAAGGGCCAAGGGUUGGCCACUGGCCUGGGGCCAGCCAAGGACCUGGGGCCAGCCAAGGACCUGGGGCCAGCCGAGACCCCGGGGGCGGAUCAUUGUCCCCGUCGUGGACCCCCUGUCCCCCAUCCUUGGUCCUUGUCCCCUCCUGGACCCC